AUGCCGUACUACGAAAAGAGUGAGGACUGGCUCCGCGAGUCGGCGCUGCUGCUGCAGGCGCGGCCUGCAACUGUACGUUCUCGUCGUCGCCCUCUUCUUCUUGCUUCUCGGCCUCUAACGAACACACAGACUCGCGUCACGACAAAGUACCAUCUCAAGCCCGCGCGCCGGUUAACCAAGGAGCAGAAGGCGCUGGCCAAGCAGCAGGUCGCAGCCGUGCCGACGAAGCCGCCGCGCGGGCACCUGCUGCUCAAGACGUUCGACCCGCAGAGCGGCGUGGCGCUCAAGUACAAGACGUCCAAGGCGGCCGAAGUGACACGGCUGGUACAGAUGUUGGGGACGCUGGGGCGGCGCAUGGCGGCGCUACCCGAGGUGGCGGGGGCGGGGCAGCAACACGACGAGCCGAUGCUGGACGCUGAGGCGGCGGCAGCAGGGAGCGGGACGCAGACGCCCGUGCCGACGGCGGCGUCGACGCCCGCGGCGGGAACUUCGGGGCAGGGGCCGCAGCCGGGCGGUGGCGGGAAGGGUAGAAAGAAGAAGGGCAAGCGGUGA